AUGUCUAUACCGUCAAAUCUCUAUCUUGACCCUAGUGUGGAGGAGCACCUCAAGCCUUCCGUCUUCAAGGGAAAAUUUGACGUCACAGAUUUUGUGGGUGCAGUUUCCGAGAAACUGAUUACUCAGUCAAAGGCAGAUUCUGGGCCUUUCGAUCCCAAACCCUUUAUUCGCAACUUUGAGGCCGCAGUAGACAAGCUUAUUGCUGUCAGGAAAGAUGUCCAAGCGAAAACUGAACAAAUGGAAAAGAGUGUCCGUGUGUCCGAGCGGGAGUAUUCCAAGGAGAUGGCAGAUUUGAACCGAGGCUUUGAGGCGGUCGGAAAUUCAUUUUCCGGAAUGGAAAUCAGGAUGAACGAAGUUAGCAGUACAGCAAUACGCAUAGGUGAACAGUUGGAAUCUGUCCACACUGAGCGACAACGAGCGCAAGCUGCAUAUGAUUUGAUCGACUUCUAUAAUCAGUUCUCUCGAGGGGAUACCACUCGUCUAGAUGCAAUGAGAAAGGAAGGCCGAAGUGGAAGACGUCAGGUCGCCGUCUUGCUUAGGCGCUUGAAUACCGUUGCAAAAGAAGUGGAUCUUCCAACAACUGACAAGACGCGAGAAGCCAUAGAGAAGUAUUGUGAGAAGUUCGAGAAGGAAAUGUUGAACCUUUUCGAUAGGUGCUACAGGAAGGGUGAUCCAAAGAUGAUGCAUGCAGGUGACCAUUGUGCUCAGACACUAUUAGAAUUUAAUGGUGGAUCUUCCUGUGUCCAGGUUUAUGUCAAUCAACACGACUUCUUCAUAAACAACGUACGAGAGACUAAAGGGGCAGACGACGUUAUUCUAUGGAAUACAUUACCAGAUCCGGAUUCCACACCGCCAAAGAGUGAUGUUGGUCUGACCGAGCUAUUCUCUGAGAUACGAGCCACUGUGGACACGGAGGCCCAGAUAGUCAAGGCCGUCUUCCCAAACCCCUCAGUAGUCAUGCAAGUAUUCCUUCAGCGUGUAUUCGCACAAUCUAUUCAACAACACAUGGAACAGCUUUUACAUCGGAGUAAUACGAUGUCCGACCUGUCUUACCUCCGAAUAUUGCAGCUGGUUCAUAUACAAGCCUCCAAUCUCGUUGAGGAUUUGAAGGCAUACGAGCUUCCUACUGUUUCGCCGCGGCCAUCAUAUGAGGCGACAGAGUUUCGUCGGUCAUUUAUAGGGUCCACGUCUUCUGGACCUACAGGUUCGGCAACCGUCAGCACCAUGCUUGAGACAGCGAUGGAGGAGCUCUUCGUUCCGUAUAUCGAAGGCCAGAGAUAUCUGGAAAGGGAAAGUCGCAGUUUGGGUGCUUUGUACGCUAGUUUGCUUUCCAACUUCACCCGGUAUCAUGUGGGUAUUCGUACUGAAAAAACGCAGAAGGGGAAAUCUUCAGUGUUUGAUCGUGUUGUCAAUCAGUUGAGCGCAGCUGCCCAGACUACGUCGACGAAUGGCGUAUCGACAACUUCUGCGCAAGCCGCCAGCGCGAUACUAAAGUUUGGAGGCAUUGAUCGAUCCCAGGACAAGGCUGGCGACGAGCCGGUCCAUGAAGAGGAUGGCCAGUUGAGCACCGAUGUUGCUGAAAAGAUGCUGAAAUGGCAUGCCGAAGCCAUUGGCCGAUGUGUCGAACUUAGUCCUUCCAACGACGUUGCUAAAAAUGCGUUCGCGUUACUUCGUGUUCUUGCAGAAGCAAUUGGAAACGCCUACGUAGAGGCUGCCAUUGAAACAGAACUAGUUCGUUUAGAGGCGGCUGAUGCUAAGGCAGAGCCGAGUCUUCAGCUGUUAUCGACCUUACGUUCCGCAGACCUCAUCUGCCAUCUGUGGCAGCAAUACGUCAAUACUGCUUUGCUUCCUCUAGCAAGCUCAUCUGUAACUACGCGCCGUGAAAUGGUCGUCUUCAACAACCAGGCCGUCAGCCGAUUAGAAGGUGGCGCUAACCAGCUAACUCAACGUGUAAUCGAUGCAAUCAUUGCAUGGCUAUCGUUACAGCUCACAAAACAGAAGAAGAAUGACUUCAAACCGCGUAAUGACGAUCUUUCGUUUGCUCGGGUAAAUACAGAGCCGUGUGUUGCAUGCUGUGAAUCACUGGAGAAAGUUCGGGAUGCCGCCAAGGUCAAUCUGAGUGGCAAGAAUCUAGAGUCCUUCCUCACAGAAAUUGGCGUCUCUUUUCAUAGUCUAUUGCUAGAACAUUUGCGCAGGUUCCCUGUUAGCGCAACCGGUGGCUUGAUGCUUACCAAGGACAUCAAAAUGUACCAAGAUACGAUAGGCAGCUUCGGUAUUUCAGCACUUACCGAAAGAUUUGAGUUCAUACGCCAGCUCGGUAGUGUGUUCCUUGUUCGCCCUGAUAUUCUCAAGUCGUACAUCACGGAGAAUUAUCUUGGGCGAAUAGAUCCUACUCUGCUGAAACCUUAUCUUGCAUUGCGCAGCGAUUGGGGUCAAUUAGAGAAAGGCUUCGAUGACGAAGCCGACACACCGGCCGAGGACGCGCUGACGGAGACAAAAGGUUUGAAGGAUAGGUUUGGGCGGCUAAGCCUGAUGAUGAAGGAUUUGGAGGGAUUGAAGCUCGAAGGCAUUCGAGAGAACAUGCCUACGAUGCCGACUAGUAUUACGAGUAGCUUUUCAAGGUUUAGCUGA